AUGGAAACUUCGACUCUGAUUCCUCUUACACGGUACUGCUGCACCACUUCCUCCUCCGCCAGCCUUGCUGUUCCGCACCUCGCGCCCCACCACAACAAUUGCACCGCAACUGACCAAGAUAUUUACGCGCAGAUGGCGAGGAAGAAGAAUGCGAAGAAGCUGAACAGACAGCAACCGCAACAGACGGCGGCGCCCGUAACGCCUGCCGUCCCCGAUGGUCAACUACCACCCCAUCCGCUCCUCCAAUCCAUCGCACCUCCCAUGACGCAAUUGCCUUUCCCUCCCACUGCAAACAACGCCGCCGCCGCCACGCAGCCAAACGGCGCCCAAGAGCCUCAACAGGACGGCCAGAGCAAGAAGAGCAAGAAGAAGCAGAGGGCCAGGGAACGCCGGGGCGCGAAGAAGCAGCAGUUGCAGCAACAAAAGCAGCAGCAAGCGGCGUCAGUGGGACAAGGACAACGGCUUGGAUCAGGAACCAAUGGCGGUGGCUAUGCGUCGCCGAUUAACGACGUCACCACCACCGCCGCCGCCACUGAGCUGCGCGAUGGUGAGGAGGACAACGUCCUGCCGAACCAGCAUGGCGGCAGUGGCGACGAUCACUUUGUGGGGCAACCGCUGCUGGACGUACUCGAUGGGGUUCACUUGCAGCAAAGCGGAAGUGAGGCCGAAGCUGCACGUGUGGGACAACCGGGCGAUGCCGGUGGUGGUAGGAGGGCGUCGCUGGCACGGCGGCCUGCGGCGCAGCAAGACGUCAGCGGUCCCCCGCCUGGCGCGCCGACCCAGCCUAGAGCGGCGAGGAUGAAUGCCGCCGCUGCUCCUCCGCCGGGAGCGCCUACCGGGCCUAAGUCUAUGGCCUCGUUUUCGGCGUGGUCCCAACGUCCGGCGGCGGCGGGGAGUAGUCAUGCCCAGCCGCAGUAUGGGCAGCAGCCGGCCGCCGCGGAUACUGUCCAGGCUUCGACGUUCGGGGCUAAUUGUCAAGUGCCUGGUGCUGGCUCUGGGAGCGGCAAUCCGUUCGGCUAUCACCUGCAGAAUGCUACGUGGGACUGGAACACGUUCGGCGGUGCUUCCGACGCGGCAGCUGCGAGCUACUUGGUGGAGCAGAGCAACGAAGCUGGUGGUGAUUUUGACGGUAACAAAUCACACCCUCAUGCUUCUAAUGAUCGCAUAGCACCAGGUACAGAGUCUGAGGCGGCGUGGCCCAGUGCGUACGGUGACGCCACGAGCGGCUUUCUGCAGCAACAGCAGCAACAACAGCAAAACUACUACGACCCCUACCAGUCGUUUGGCCAAUACACUGGCUGGAACCCGUACCUGCAACAACAUCAGCAGCAGCAACAAAGCAUUGGCUUGCAGCCGGGCUACUACAACCCAACUUUCCAAAGCUCGAGCGGCCUGCGCUACAUCCACGGCCACACCAACAGCUUCACUCCGUUUGCGCCCAUGGCGUCAGUACAACACUACUAUCAAGGUCAUAGGUGGCAUGUUGACAAGCGUUACAGUGCCCCGACGCGCGGUUUCGCCUCCAAGGCUGGGAAGAACGGCGGCGGCGGUCGGGCAAGCCCAGGGGGUGCGAGUGACAACAGCGAUGGAGGGGUGAAGGUAGGUAGCAGCGAGCCAGUGCGCCGCUCCAAGAGGCUCGCUGCAAAGGGUGGUGACGGCGCGAUCCAAGCCCAGAGAGAGUCAGGGCUUACGUUCGAAGGCGCCAUGGACAACAAGCAGCAAAUGAAAUCACCAUCGCCUGGUCACAAGUCACGCGCGCCCAAUCCACCGCGGUGGAAGAAGCCGCUGGGCCCACCCCAGCCGCACCCCACGUCGGAGUACCUCGCCCGAGCCUCCCAAGAGCCGGAGCGCCUCACGAAAGAGCCGCACAAGCUCCUCAUAGUCAUCGACCUCAACGGCACCCUCGUCCACCGCCCCCGCAGAAACAAAAAAAACUCCCAAAUCAUCAGCCGCCCUUACGUCUCAGCCUUCCUCGACUACCUCAUCGCCAACCACCGCGUCAUGGUCUGGUCGUCGGCCAAACCCGUAAGCGUCGAGAAGAUGGUCGCCUCGCUCAUGCCCUCGGCAAACCGCCGUGACGCGCUCCUCGCCGAGUGGGGCCGCGACAGGCUGGGCCUCUCGCCCAAGGCGUACGACGAAAAGGUCCAGGUGUACAAGGAGCUGGACAAGGUGUGGAAGCAAGCCGACGAGGGGCGGUGGCACCCGCUCCACGCCGCGCACCAAAAAGGCGAGGAGCCGGAGCCGGAGCCGGAGCAGGCGACCGAGGCGAACCGCUUCGGCCAGCACAACACGUUCCUCAUCGACGACAGCCUGCUCAAGGCGUCGUCGGAGCCGCACAACCUCAUCCAGGUCGAGGAGUUCGAGGCCAGGCCCCACCAGAUGCAGACGGACGUCCUGCGCCAGGUCGUGGGCUACCUGGAGGAGGCCAAGUGGUGGAGCAACGUCAGCGCGUGGGUGAACCGGGGCAAUCGCUUCGAGGUGGGCAAGGGCUGGGAUCACGGCUGGCCCGAGGGCACGACGAGCGGUCUCGUCCCGCCGCCGGAGGCCGUGGAGCUCGAGCGCCAGCGUGAGCUCGAGCUCCAACGUGACCUCGAGCGCCAACGUGAUCUCAGGGCUAGCCUGCUGAUGCCGGGAUGUGGUUUAGUCGUUUUGCCACGUUCACCAUAG